AUGGUUUAUGGGAUAAUCAUUCACUCUUCUGAAUGUGAAACAAAUUUUUAUUUUAGUUAUUAUUAUGAUGAGGAAAACGAUGAUGAAUAUAAAUACAUUAGACAACAGACUAUAAUUAAAAGAGUUAUUGAAGAAAAUAAGUAUUAUGAAGAAGACAAAGAAAAGUGUGAAAAUAUUAGUAAAGGCAACACAGAAAAAUAUUUUGAAUUAUUCAACCUUUUUCUCUCAAAAAAUGUUAAUAAUGAAAUUAAAAUGGAUAAUGAAGGCAUUUUUAGAAUAGUCAAUUCUUCUUUAUUCAAAAAUAAAGUAAACGUUAUAUGGAAAGUUUUAAACAAAAUUUGCUACACUUUAAUAUGCUUUGAACAUGAAAAUAUUCACUUGGCUGACUAUUUCUUGUAUAAUUUUAUUUAUGUUUUAAGAGAACAUUACGAUAAAAUGAAAAAAUUUAGAAAACAAAGUGUGAAUUUAUUUAACCCUGAUGAAAUUUUAGCUAUACUUUACUACUUCUUACCAAAAGGGAAGUUGAUGUUAAUUAAUUAUAACCAUACAAAAAUUCUAUAUAAUAAAGUUAAAGAGUUCCUAGAAAAUAAAGCAAAAUUAAGGAAAAUGAUCACUUAA